AUGAAAGAGGAUGCUCAGGAUUUUGUCAAUUGCGAAGCCUGCAAUAAUCCAGCUGAAUACUGGUACUAUUGCAAUGUAUGUCAUCGAAAGUUCUGUCAAGGAAACGAAUGUCUCCAAUCGCAUCAAGGGGAAGGACAUAAUGUAGUUCGAUUUGAAAACAGAAACGAAAAUAGACAGAAACAGAUUGUUUACGAAUUAUGCCUCACACACCCUGAUAAAAUUCUCAAUAAUUUCUGCAAGUCAUGCAGUCAAAGAGUCUGUGAUAGAUGCAUUCUACUGAACCACAGAGAUAUGAAAAAACACGACGUUGUAGGAUUGAACGAAAUCGUUGCUGAAAGGCGUAAGAUACUUGACAAAAAUACCAAUAUUCUAAAACUUAAUGUUCUCCCGAAAUAUGUAAAAGAAAUUCAAGAUUUAGGAGAAGAAAUUUUUAAUUCAGAAGAAACUUAUAAAGUGAAAAGGAACAUAAUUCAUAAUCAGCAUGAGUUUUGGAAAAAUGAAAUUAAAAAAAUAAUAGAUCAAAUCUUGGCAGAUCUAACAGAUUUGGAAUUCGUGCAUUUAAAACGGUUAAAGGAUCAACAAAAUAGCCUUAAAGAAACUUUAAUUCAAAUAGGGGAUAUUGUUCAAGCAAACGAAGAACUCUUACAAUCACCAUCCGAAUUAGCUGUUCACGAAGUACGAAGCAUCGAAAAUUAUCUUGAGUUUCCUGAAAUAACCAAGUUUAGUCCACCAGUUUUUACGGUGGGACAACUUACUGUAUUGUUAAAUGAUAUUUAUACAAAAGGGAAAAUUAACUAUUCCCCUACAUAUAGCAUAACUGAAGAAGAACUUUAUACAAAAUCGUGCAUUGUCAUUGCAAAGCUAAGUGGACUGACAGAAAAAAUUCAAAAGAAAGAAAAAAUACUAACUGGCGUAAAACGUGAAAUGAAUCUUUUAGCUUCUAUGGAGGUAGAAAAUCAUAAUAAAAUCGAUGACAUAUCUUGUCAAUUUUUUGAAGCCGCGUGGUUGUGUGAUAAAGCUGCAAGGAAAAUCUCAAAACUUUCAGAAAGUGGAAAACUAUUGAUAGAAAAGGAAGUGAAAAAUUUAGGGUAUAUAGCAUCGCAAGACAAUGACAAAAUCUUUUAUUCAAGUGAAGAUAAUAAGCUGAUGGAAUUUACGGAGAAUCUUUCCCGGGUUGUGUCUAACUUUGAAUGGAUCCCUUUUGGUCUUUCGGUUACAGAGGCGAAAGAUAUAUUGGUUUGUGAACGUAGCGAAUCAAGAGGAAGGGUGGUCAAAUAUAGCAGUAAGGGUCAUCUGCUGAAGAUAAUCGAACAAUGCAAAAAAGGGGAACAACUGUUCCAGGCACCAGAGCGAGUUAUAGAAAACAGCAACGGCGAUGUGUGCGUGACAGACAAUUGCAUUCCAGCAUCUCUUGUAGUUGUUAAUAAUUUAGGGGAAUUCCAAUUCAGGUACCCACCUGAAGAGAAUCAGACGUCUUCUUCCUUUACAUGGUCAUUGGUAAGAAGGGAAAAGAAACCGUCUUCAUUUAAUGGACUUGCAAGCGAUAUUUUUGGGAAUAUCCUUAUUUCUGGCACGGAAACGAAAGUUAUCUAUAUACUGGACAAAUGGGGAAAAUUCCUCCAAUCUUUGUCCAGCAAGCAAAUACAGAGCCCACAUGCCCUAGCUGUUGAUCAUUUACAAAGAUUGUGGAUUGUCGAUGGAGAAAAUCAAAUUAAGAUAGUAGCCUAUUUAAACUGUUUUUCUUAG